AUGGCAGCGAGCAAAGUCGGAUCCUUGGAAGGCAAAACUGCCUUGGUUACUGGAGGGUCCAGAGGUAUUGGUGCUGCGGUCACCGUCCAACUAGCACAAAGAGGGGCGUCGAAAAUCGCAAUCACGUAUGCCGGAAACACCAAAGCCGCCGACAGCACACUGGAGGAGUUGAAGAAGUUGGGUGUCCAGAAGGCAAUCGCAAUCCAGGCCGACCUGCUGGAUCCGCAGUUGGGAGCAAACUUGAUCCCCCAAGUCCUCAGUGGGUUGGAUACCAAGACCAUCGACAUCACUGUGUGCAAUGCGGCUCUCAACACCCCCGAUCUGGUCGUCCCCUUUGCCAACAUAACACUAGAAAACUUUAACAAGGUCUUCCAGGGAAAUACCUUCUCCGCCAUCAGCAUCAUCGCCGCAGUCCUACCACAUCUGCCCGCAAAAGGCGGCCGGGUUGUCACCAUCUCAAGCAUCAUGUCCAAGCUGGCGAAUGACGACGUCUCGAUUGCCUAUGGUGCAAGCAAGGCUGCAUUGGACAGUGUUACUCGAUCUCUAGCAGCAAGUUUUGCGGCAACAAAACAUGCCACGUUCAACUCGGUCAGCGUCGGGUCGACAGCAACUGACCCUCUGAAGGCUGUCAUGAAAGUGCUUCCAGCGGCGAUCGAAGAAUCCGUGGCGCCACAUACGAUUGAGAAGAGACCUGGUGAGCCCGAGGAGGUCGCGUCGGUGGUAGGAUUUCUGGCCAGCGACGAGGCACGGUGGGUCAACGGAGCCCAGAUCCCAGCUCAUGGCGGCAACAGGUAUAUGCUCGCUCUACAAGGUUGA